AUGAUAUCUUUACCCGUGGAUUACGACGCUAACAAAAAAUCGUGGAUGACCGUCACCAUUUGGGAGAAAACAAUACGGCGUUCAGACAGGCAGUUUGUGAAGAAGAAACGAGAAGUUGUUUUCAUAGCAGACAAUUGCACAGCUCAUGCCAACAUCCCAGAGUUAGCCUCAAUUGAGCUUGUUUUCUUGUCUCCCAAUGUGACCAGCGUUCUCCAACCAUUGGAUCAAGGAGUUAUUGAAAACCUGAAAGUGAACUAUCGGGAUGACGAAACCGAAGAAGAAGACGAUAUUCCUCUACCUGUUCUGAUGGACGAUCUGAAAAAUCGUGGCCAUGCCAUUAAAGGAGAGGCUGAAUAUGAUUUGAUUGAUGAGGAAAUUGCCACCACUUCUGAAGCUACAAUUUCUGAAAUUGUUUCACAAGCUGUGGACAAUGAUGUCAAUAACAGUGAUCCUGAGACUGUAGCUGUAACCCAAGCGGAAGCCUUCAAUGCAAUAAAUGUCAUACGAAAUUUCUUUACAAACCAUGAGGGAGCUGUGGAACAUUUUGAGAAAUUACAAAAUCUAGAAAACAUUGUUCGAAAAAUGAAACCAAAAACGAGACAGACCUGCAUAAAUGAUUAUUUUAAAUAA